AUGGCACGCACAUUUGCAUCCGUGGCGGUGGCCAGACGGCGAAGACAGUUGCUGGAGAGGAUGAACCUCAACCAAAAACGAGGAAACAUCAUGCAGUUCAGCGAGGAUAUCAUCAAGCAGUUGACGCCCGAGGAAAUCGACGAGUUCAAGGAGGCCUUCAUGAUGUUCGACAAGGACGGCAAUGGCACAAUAUCGACCAAAGAACUCGGAAUUGCCAUGCGAUCACUUGGCCAGAACCCGACCGAACAGGAAAUCCUGGAGAUGAUCAACGAGGUGGACAUCGACGGGAAUGGGCAGAUUGAAUUUCCGGAAUUUUGUGUGAUGAUGAAGCGGAUGAUGAAGGAAACCGAUUCCGAGAUGAUCCGCGAGGCAUUCCGAGUAUUCGAUAAAGACGGCAAUGGAGUUAUCACAGCCCAGGAAUUCCGAUAUUUUAUGGUUCACAUGGGAAUGCAAUUUUCGGAAGAAGAAGUCGACGAGAUGAUCAAGGAGGUCGAUGCUGAUGGUGACGGCGAGAUCAACUACGAGGAAUUCGUAAAAAUGAUGUCGGACCGC